AUGUCGGCCCCAACAGGAGGGUUCUCCCUCUUCCCCAACACCACUAGCUCACCACGACCAUCCUCGCGCUCACAGUCGCGAACCCGAGCCUCUAUACCCCGGGAGGGCUGUCCGGAGCGAGCCGAAGGCAGCUCGCCCCCGCCGGGGACUCAUCAUCGCAAGACUUCAUCAGGGGCGACCCGGUCGCGGGCAAGCACUGGCGAGUCGAGAAACCCGUGGCAACAUGCCCUGGAUGCGAAGAAACAACAACAACAACAACAACAACAACAACAACAACAACAACAUGGUAGACAACAAUCAAAUCCCGAGGCAGGGCCCUCAGACGAUCAGGAAAUCGACCUAGCCGCCGUGGGAGCAGAGAUCCCCCGCAGCGAGACAGCCUUCUCAGAGGCAAGAACACUAGUUCGCAGUCCCAGCGUCAGUUCAGUCGCUAAGCCGCCGUUGACAUAUGCCGGGCCAUCAUCAUCAGCCCAGCUGGGAGCCUCCUCAUCGUCAGGAGGGGAUAGGACAGAGGAGCAGGUGGCUAUCAGAUCCAUCUUCCCCCGCUACAACCCCUCUCUACCCCUCGAACAGCAGGAGUACUAUCCCCAGCAGGCCUCCCCGACACAUAUCCCCCCUUCGGCGAUCAGUCGGGGCGUGUAUUCCCCCCGUCCGGCGCCAACAUCAUCAGUGUCACAACCUCCCCCGCCGCCUCCUCCUCCUCCUCCACCGGUGACAGCUCCGGUAACAUCAAUAAUACAGACUCAACCUCAGCCCCAACCCCGACCUCAACCCCCCCCUCAACUGGUCCCUCAGCAAGCCCCUCGACGACCAUAUACUCCUACUGCUAUUAGCCAAGUUUCCACAACCGAAGACCUCCGCAACCUCUGGAAAGUCACCAACGGCUGGAGGGCGCCCCCCGGCGAAGGAAAGACCUACUGUCUACAAAUGGCCGCAGCGCCCGACGCCCCAACCUACACCUUCUGCUCUGCUUCGGGCCAACCCUUCUACAGCCUGCGCAUCGAUCCGACAUCUACGGCUGGCAUUGUCACACUGGCGAGAUACGAUCCCAAUAAGGGGUUCAAGGGCGAUCGUGGGGAGGGACAGCCAGGGACGGGAGGGGGGGUUAGCGGGAUGCUAGGGGGUUUGGUGACGGGGAAUAGGAGUAGAGAGGGCACGCCGAGUCCCAGUCCGUCAAUUGCUUCCCUUUCCGGCACAGGCGUGCCGUAUCCCCAUACCCACGCGACCACACACCAACGAUACAAAAAACACUGGACAACCGUUCUCACCACCACAUUACACAACCCCUCCACUUCCAAUACCCCUUCCCAACAACCUCCCCCGCAAGACUCUUCUUUCGACGACGAAGCAAACUCCCCCGGCCUUAUCGCCCAUUUAUUACCCCUCCUCGCCGCCCACCUCCCCCACCCAAACACGGAAAGCGCCCGCCUCGUCUACGACCCCGACACCUCCUCGCACUACCUUACCCAUAGCACGCUGGCCCUCCCCUUUCGCGUCGCCAUCGCCCGCAAUCAUGCAUAUUCCCGGACGGAAUACUCUCUCGAGCACGACGAAUCCCCCACCUUUUUAGGGAGGAUCGUCCGCGACGGGACGGGGAGGGGCUGGCUGGAGGUAAACACCUCCGUUGCCGGACGAGUCCAGGGCGCGGUGUAUGUCGUGGAUGUGGCGGUUGCGGCGUUGGGGAUUGUUGCUUAUUUAGACGAAAAAGAACGGGGUAGCAGCGCAGGUGUCGGAGUUUUCGAACCGCCGCCGCCUCCGACGGCCAUAGUAGCCGAAGGAAGAAGAAGCGGGAGUGUCCUCAGCUUCGUGAUAGAGCAUGCCACGGGGGGGAGGAGUAGCCGAGGGAGUCAGAGGACUGGAGGUGGCAAAUCGGGGUUUGGGAGGGUUAGGAGUGUGAGGGUCGGAAAAAAGAAGAAGAGGAGUAGAGGAUCGGGGGGAGAGCAGUAUGAAAUGGAGGAUUUGGAGAGCCAGAAUAGUUCGUUGGGGAAGGCGUAUGGGGAGGGGGAGGAGGAAGAAGAGAAGUUGCCGGGAUGUUUGAGGGCGUUGGUUGGGCUCGUGACGGUGACCUUUAAGUGUUUUGUUUGGUGUGUGACGGUCAUGCUAAAGGCGGUUUUGGGAUGUUUGGGGUUAUUUGCGAGGUGUUGUGGGUUGGGGAAGUUGUAA